UGACCGGCAACAGCAGGAGAGUCAAUCUCGGCCGUCCAUUUCAACCGGCUCAGCAGGUUGACUUUACACCACCGGUGGCUGUGGCUGUAUCUGUGUCUGUGUCCUGCACACGACACGACGUCCCUUCAGCUCCUCCAGCCUUGGAAUUUCCGGCACUGCCCUGCCGCUGAAUUGCUUUGAGAAAAAGGAAGAGAUGGACUUGUUCUUCAAAGGGAUGAAUGAGGAGACAUCUGAGUGCCCCUUCAAUGAGCUAGACAUCCAAAGAUGUCCAUUUUUGAGGAACAUUAACAAGGCGACUAGCUUCUCUUUCUCUUCCGUGAGCAUCCCUAUUCAAGCAAGGGUAGCCAAAGGUCCAGUCUUUGAAGAUGGCCCCAAUUUUGACCUGGCUUUUAAGCUUUUUCAUGGAAAGGAUGGAGUAGUUCCACUCUCAGGGAGGUCACCUUGUCACAACAACUUGGAACCUAAGCCUGCACCCGAGUUUAACCCUUUAGCUGCAAAAGCUGCCACCAUCAGUCUCUCAGCGUUUGGUCCUGGUGGGCCAUUUUCCUUUGGUUCCUUCUCCGAUGGCUGGAAGAAUCAGAAAAAGAAAUCUGAGUCAUCCAAAAAGAGAGAACCAUCUUCUCAGGAAGGAGAUUCGUCAAAACAUGAGGCACGGGGAAAUGAGUGGUUAGAAACUGGUAACUGUCCGAUUGCAAAGUCUUACAGAGCCGUUAGCGGUGUUCUUCCACUUGUUGCAAGAGCACUUACGCCUCCACCUGGGAUGAAGUUUCGAUGUCCUCCUGCAGUAGUUGCUGCCAGGGCUGCCCUUGCUAGGACAGCCCUUGUUAAGACAUUGCGACCUCAACCUCUUCCUGAAAAGAUGCUUGUAAUUGGAGUCUUGGGAAUAGCAGCGAAUAUCCCCCUGGGCAUAUGGAAGGAGCACACACGGAAAUUCUCACUGUCAUGGUUCGCGGCGAUACAUGCAUCAGUUCCCUUCAUCGCCAUGCUUAGGAAGUCUGUUUUGAUGCCCAAGAAUGCCAUGGCAUUGACAAUUGCGGCUUCCAUCCUAGGACAGGUCAUUGGCUCUAGGGCUGAACGAAUUCGGCUCAAAUCCAAGGCUGAAAGAGAAAAGGCAGCAUUACAAGCUUCUAAUCCCGGCACUAUAACUGGUCUCAGCCCAGGACAGCACGAGCGCAAAGGUUCUGCAAUUCCUCCUCAUUGUGCCACGGAGGAAAUGUUGUGGGAUCCACUUCCUGCAAAGGCUGCUGGGCCCACAUCUUCAUCAGCCAAUGUGUGUUACUGAGUUUGUGACAGUCGCCCAAAAAGGUGAGAGUGCCACUGAGAAUAAAAGAUUGCAUUGAAUGAUUUGCUAGUGUAGUAUGAGAGUAUGACGUACUUUGGUUUGUAAUUCAGCCAUAUGAAAUGGUAUGAGUGAACUUCUUGUGAAGCAAAAACGGGUACUGCCCCUUCUUAAGAUUUGUGAAUUGUGACAACAUUCUCAAGCAAAUUGUGCUGCAAAAUUCAUGCUGGAGUUGGCACAAUGUUUCCUUUAA